AGACGCAGUCAGUCGGUGCCUCACAUUUCCUCCUCCCAGAGGAGCUCGUAGAGUUUGUCAUGGUGAAACAGAAGAAAAAUCGCUCUAACUGGAAAUGACAAUUGAAUGGAACUUCUGGAUAUGUAUACUGUAAUAUCGAUGUGAAAAUGGAGUCCAAAUAUUUCGCUCUGCUUAGAAAUGUGUUUAAGUUAAUAGCCGUGCGUAACUGUUCCCUGGAUAAUUGUCUCCUUCCAUGCGUAAAUCAGACGAGCGUCGUGGUGAGAAAAUUAGCUAUUGGUCUGCUAUUAAAGUAUUUUUGGUAACCUCAUGCCACGUAAAACCUUGAAUAAUAUCGGAAAAAAAGUCUCCAGCUAUCUUAAAUAAACUUAAUAAAAUCGGUGUUCAUUAAUAACGAAGAGCCUCUUGUAUUUCAGCACCAUGAGAAGGACAGCGCUUCUUUUUUUCUAGCUUUUUUUAACCUCCUAACGCAUUUGGAUACAGCUGCUACACAGAAAACGGUGGUGAGGACAGAGACAUUUAAUUUUGGAAACUACAACCUUAUUAAAAGUGAUUUAAUCAAGUUGAAUACAUGUUCAUCUGUAAAGGGUACAAGCACGUAAAGUAAAACGUCACUCUCUCCCCCGCCCAUGAAGCGGCUGUAUGAGAUAUCUGAAGUGAGGCAAGGCUUCAUAUGACACAGGAGGAGUGGAUCCUCUCAAAAAUUGACACGGAAGCCGAUUUCUCACCACGUCCUCAUAGUUUCAAGAUAACCUUUCUGGAGAGGAUAUAAUCAAAUAACAACGUCAAUGCUUUUUUUUCUUCCGAGAAGAGCAGAUCAUUUUAUUUGAUUUUUUUUAAAAGUAGAUAGAAGCUAGAAGCUUUGGCGAGAAGUAGAAAAGAUAACUCACCAGGGUGAAAUAUGGAACGUGGAUUACUCAACCACCUGUUCUCAGCGAGGACCACUAUGCUCUGUUGUUUCUUCUUAUGUAAGUCAAUUUUCUGUCAUGAGAAGACCCACUCACAUGCGGAGGACGAGCUCUUCAAGAAGCUCUUCAUCGGGUACAACAAGUGGUCCAGACCCGUACCCAACAUCUCAGACGUGGUUAUCGUCAAGUUCGGACUCUCCAUAGCACAGCUCAUUGAUGUGGACGAGAAGAAUCAGAUGAUGACCACCAACGUCUGGCUGAAACAGGAGUGGAAUGACUACAAGCUACGCUGGACUCCUUCUGACUAUGACAACGUCACAUCCAUCAGAGUCCCGUCAGAACUCAUCUGGGUCCCAGACAUCGUCCUCUACAACAAUGCGGACGGUGAGUUCGCCGUGACCCACAUGACCAAGGCCCACCUGUUCCACAAUGGGAAGGUACGCUGGGUUCCCCCUGCCAUCUAUAAAUCCUCCUGUUCUAUAGACGUUACUUUCUUCCCCUUCGACCAGCAGAACUGUAAGAUGAAGUUUGGCUCUUGGACCUACGACAAGGCUAAAAUAGACCUGGAACGCUUCGAGAACACUGUGGAUCUGAACAACUACUGGGAGAGUGGAGAGUGGGCCAUCAUCAACGCAGUGGGAACAUACAACACCAAGAAGUACGACUGCUGUCAUGAGAUCUACCCUGAUAUCACCUACUUCUUCAUCAUCAGACGGCUGCCUCUCUUCUACACCAUAAACCUGAUCAUCCCCUGUCUGCUCAUCUCCUGUCUCACCGUCCUGGUCUUUUAUCUCCCCUCAGACUGUGGGGAGAAGAUCACUCUAUGUAUCUCCGUCCUCCUCUCCCUCACCGUCUUCCUGCUCCUCAUCACAGAGAUCAUCCCUUCCACCUCCCUGGUCAUCCCUCUGAUUGGAGAGUACCUCCUCUUCACCAUGAUCUUCGUCACUCUCUCCAUCGUCAUCACCGUGUUUGUCCUCAACGUCCACCACCGCUCCCCGGGGACCCAUAAGAUGCCUCGCUGGGUCCACUCUGUCUUCCUGGACCUGAUCCCCAGGUGGCUGUUCAUGAGGCGGCCUGCGCCGGACGGAAGGAAACGCAGGUUGUUGAUGCUCCAGCAGGGGGCAGCGAUGGCAUGGCACCAGGGACGGACCAUCACCGCCAGACCAGCAGGCCUAGGCCCUCCUCCUUUCCUCAGCACCUCAGCCAGCUGGCUCCGGGACGGAGGAGGGACAACGGAGGACCUCCAAAGACGGAGCCCCUGUUAUGAGGACCUUGAGCUGGGGGAGCUGACGUCCUACUUCUCCUUCCGUCCUCCGUCACCCAGACCUCCGGGCUCCACCCCUCCACCCCAGCAGAACCAUCCACACCCGGGGGCAGGGCAGCCCCAUAACCGCCUGGAUGGAGGGGUUGAAGGAGGAGGAGGAGGAGGGGUGCAUAGAAGGGUUAACCUGACCCAGCGACCGGCUAACUUGGUGUCAGACUCUAGAGGGAUAGAGUUCCCUUUGUCUCCCAGCAUGAUACGUGCUCUGGAGGGACUGCACUAUAUCGCAGACCACCUGAGGGCAGAGGAUGCUGACUUUAGUGUGAAGGAAGAUUGGAAGUACGUUGCCAUGGUGAUCGACCGUAUCUUCCUGUGGAUGUUUAUCAUUGUAUGUCUCCUAGGAACCAUUGGACUCUUCCUCCCUCCCUGGCUGGCUGGCAUGAUAUAGGACCUGUACUCUUCCUCCCUACCUGGCUGGCUGGCAUGAUAUAGGACCUGUACUCUUCCUCCCUCCCUGGCUGGCUGGCCAGCAUGAUAUAGGACCUGUACUCUUCCUUCCUACCUGGCUGGCUGGCAUGAUAUAGGACCUGUACUCUUCCUCCCUCCCUGGCUGGCUGGCCGGCCAGCAUGAUAUAGGACCUGUACUCUUCCUCCCUCCCUGGCUGGCUGGCCAGCAUGAUAUAGGACCUGUACUCUUCCUCCCUCCCAGGCUGGCUGGCCAGCAUGAUAUAGGACCUGUACUCUUCCUCCCUCCCUGGCUGGCUGGCCAGCAUGAUAUAGGACCUGUACUCUUCCUCCCUCCCUGGCUGGCUGGCCAGCAUGAUAUAGGACCUGUACUCUUCCUCCCUACCUGGCUGGCUGGCCAGCAUGAUAUAGGACCUGUACUCUUCCUCCCUCCCUGGCUGGCUGGCCAGCAUGAUAUAGGACCUGGACUCUUCCUUCCUACCCGGCUGGCCAGCAUGAUUUAGGACCUGGACUCUUCCUUCCUACCCGGCUGGCCAGCAUGAUUUAGGACCUGGACUCUUCCUUCCUACCCGCCUGGCCGGCAUGAUUUAGGACCUGGGGUCUGGGCCUGAGAUCUACCAUGCCUGGCCGGCAUGAUUUAGGACCUGGGGUCUGGGCCUGAGAUCUACCAUGCCUGGCCGGCAUGAUUUAGGACCUGGGGUCUGGGCCUGAGAUCUACCAUGCCUGGCCAGCAUGAUUUAGGACCUGGGGUCUGGGCCUGAGAUCUACCAUUCCUGGCACAAGACUGGCUGGCAUCACCUAGGACCUGCAGACUUAACCUCUACCUUCUGCCCCCGGAGCAGGCUGGCACAGUGGAACUAGCACUACGACAAUGGUGUGCAGUAACUUGAACCAAUAGGUUUUUUUAUUGCAGAAAAUGAUGGUUUAGGAAGAGAUGAACUGUUACGGAACAUCAUGUUCAAGCAGGCAGAGGACCGUCGGGCACGGUAACAGUGCAAAAGCGCUCUCUAGUGGAAGCUUUCUGUUCCACAGGGGGAAAAAAACUGGAAUAAACAGAACUGAGGAAUUAACUAGAUGAAUGACUGGCACUACCAAUGUACUGCUUCAUAUUGGAGAAGCAAUGACUUGUGGGUAAAUGCUAUCCAAUAAGGUGACUGUCUGCUUUUUACCUCAAAGGACAAAUAAGUUGCAUGCUCUACUACUGGAAAAAUAAAAAAAUUGAUAAUAUGAACACUGAAUCAGUUUGCAUUGCAAAGCAGAGCAGAACAUAUUUAUAUUGACUGAGCUGUUCCAGAUCUCUGAUGCUGUUGCUGCCAUAACAAUAUCAAACACAAGCUGCUGUGGUAAUAAAUACUGUAUAGACAGAAACGCAUGUUUUUAGUUAACUGAUUUAAUGUUUGCACCAAGAGUACUGAUUGAAGUCUAUACAUUGGCCUAAUGUAAGAGAAUGGGAACAUCCUGAACAAAAAAACACAAAAAAAUGUUUGUUAAUAACCACAAUUACGACACAAAAUUAUAAUUUUUGUAACGUUGGGACUAUAAUGUUCUAUCGAGCAUUAAAGUUUUCACAUCCUUGAUC